AAAUAUAAAAUGUAAACAUUUGUGAUGUGAUUUGUGAUGAUUCUUUCUUGAGUUACAAAAUUAAGAUUAAUCGAUUGAAGGCUAUGAAACAAAACCAUACUAGCGGAUUACUGUUCACUGUUCAGUAUUCAGUCACUCUGUGCAAUAGUGAUUUUGUGGCCUUUGUAUUAAGUUUAAAAUGUCACGGCGAACACCUACAAAAUCAAGGGUAAAAGUGUGCAAUAAAUCUGUUUUUCAUCUUCAAGAUAAAAAAGCGGAUGAAAACGAAUUAUCUAUUGGGCUAAUUAAAUCUGCCAAGCGCACGGGACAGCUGUCUUUAUGUAACAGAGGCCUAGGAACAGUACCUGAAAAUGUAUGGAAAAUCAAUGAAUUGUCAUUGGAGGAUACCAAAGAGGUAGACUUUGCAAGGUCUGAUCACAACAACUGGUGGAACUCGGAACCUCUAAAUUUAUUGGACCUCAGUUCCAAUGUCAUUGGCACUUUGUCACCAAACAUUAAAUUACUGCAAGAACUAGUUACACUGAAGCUUCAUGACAAUGCUUUGACGAGUCUCCCACCUGAGUUUGGUGAACUCAGUAAUUUGUCAAACUUGAGCCUAAGCCACAAUAGACUGGAAGAGUUGCCAAAAGAGUUUUACAACUUAACUGAGUUGAGGUGGUUGAGUAUUUCACACAAUGUUCUGAGAAAAAUUGAGCCCGAUUUUGGUGAUUUAGUUAUGUUAAACUUCCUAGAUUUGUCACAUAACAAACUGUCAGUCCUACCGCCAGGAAUGGGAUAUCUUGUUCGCUUGGUGGAGCUCAACCUGUCUCACAAUGAGUUGCUAGAGUUGCCACCGGAUAUUGUUAACCUAAGAGAUUUAAAAAAGUUAAAUGUAAGUAAUAACAAUUUAAAGAGGCUACCUACACUUGGGGAACUGAGAAAAAUGGAAAUCCUUGAUGCAAAUCAUAACAAUAUUGAAGAGCUUCCCGACUUCUAUGGAUGCACAGCGUUAAAAGAAAUAUACAUAGCCAAUAAUUAUAUUAAGGUAAUAACUGAAGAGUUCUGCGAUCAAAUGCAACAGUUGAAUGUGUUGAAUAUCAGAGACAACAAGAUCGAAGAGCUGCCAGAGAACAUUUCGCUGCUAAAGACGCUAAAGAGGUUUGACCUCUCCAAUAACAAUUUAAACAAGUUACCAAAAAACCUAGGGCUCCUCUCGCAACUGCAGAGCAUAAGCAUGGAAGGCAACAAGCUGUCGUCCGUGCGCCAGGACAUCAUCAGGGGCGGCACCGACCGGAUGAUGAAGUACUUGCGAGACCGCAUGGCCGAAGAAAUCAUUAGCGAGACUAGACUCGAGAACAAUUGGCCCGACAAAUUCACCAUGAAGAAAAGCCAAGCGCUGAUGGUCCCUUCGAGGGAGCUCACCACCGUCCCGGACGACGUGUUCCACGCGGCGGCCGAGGCUGACGUGCACAUCGUCGACAUGUCCAAGAACAAGUUGACUACCGUACCUCGAGGGAUCCAACAGUUGCACGAGACGCUGACUCAGUUGCUGUUAUCAUCCAACAACAUCGAGAGCGUGCCGCCCGAGGUGGCCGCGUGCAAACACCUGCAGUACAUCGACUUGGGCAAGAACAACCUCGCCGACCUGCCCAUUGAGAUCGGUGACUUGAAGAAUCUGAGGGAACUAGUCAUAGCGAACAAUAAAUUUACAAAAAUCCCGCGAUGCGUAUACGAGUUAGACAAGUUGGAGAUUCUACUGGCGGCCGAGAACCAGAUAUCGGAGAUCAACGUAUCAUCGGACGCGCUGGCGCGGCUGCGGCGGCUGGCGGUGCUCGACCUCACCAAUAACAGCAUCGUCACCGUGCCGCCCGAGCUGGGCAACUUCACGCACUUGCGGUCUCUGGAGCUAAUGGGGAAUUGUUUCCGCCAACCUCGUCACGCGAUACUAGCGAAAGGCACUGCCUCCAUACUAUCUUAUCUCAGAGAUCGCAUACCGACGUAGAGCGUACCUGAUAUAUCGUGCGACCAUGGAAAUUUCAUUAACAAGCAUGUGGAAAUGUACGCCUAAUCAUUGACAUAUACAUUUCACUAUUCAAAUAGUCAUUCAAUACACUUAAUAUUCAAAUAGUCCCUGUUACUUAUUACUGUAACUUUCCCGUAAGUUUUCCGUGGUCACAAUCACAAAACGCCGCUACUGGCAUAUGUCCUGUAGUUUUCAUACGUUCUAUAUGGACUCGCCGCACACGGUUAACGCCGGUGACCGCCACAUGUUACAAUCGUCGCUGCUCGCUUCUUGUGACCCGCACCGGCCACUAAACGUCGACAAAAAACGCCGCAACACGCCACUCGCGCGAGUAUGAUACUGCAUGUAUGCAAUGGACACUCUAGAUCAUAGAUUCCCAAAGUGUUUCAGGGAUCCACAGACGGGGGUCAAUGUUAGUGUGACAAAAAAUUCACAAUCCGUAAGCAGGAGUUGACGAAAAUUUAUUGAGUUUUACACUGGUUUCAUAUCAUAUGGGCAUGUUUGAUUGGAUCCUUGUGCUGAGAGAUUAUUUCUAAGUGAGAAUUUGUUAAGUUAGUUAAUUGAUUGUGUUGUGAGUGAAUGUCAAAAAAUUUGGCCAAUCAAUUCCAGCCAACUUAACUUUUUAUAUCUACUCACAGCACAAGGAUCCAAUCAAACCUCCCCUAACUAUGGAGUUAGAUCUGAUUUGCGAAUUUUUGUCAAUGGGUUUGGAUAAAAAUGUAGCAUGGGGUCCCCCAGCUAAAUUUUAAAAGUUGUCUAUGAGAAUAAAAGUUUGGGAAUCUCUGCUCUACAUUCAAAUAUCCGUCGGUGACACAUAGUUUGUAUAGCUGAAAUUAAACGCUUAAUUUCUAUUGCAUUGUUUUCAAGAUUUCCAUGGUCGUGUGACACUUGACAAUACAUAUCCACUUUAAAUCGAAGAUCCAUCUGUGACAAAUAUUAUCAUAAUGUUAAAUAUUUCUGAGUAAAAUAGUCAUCAGUCAGGAUCUGCCAAAGUAUAUUAUCUCAUCACUUUAGUGACUGGGUUCUCUGAUAAUUUCGAUCAGGGGUAACCCUUAUGUUAUCAUCAUAAAAUUUCCAUCAUUAAUUGAUCAUUUCAAUGGAUUACUGUAUAUCAUAACAAAAUCGAGAAUGAAAAUUUAACUUAUUACUUUAGACGUUUGAUUGUGUAUGAAAAUCAAACACAAAAUGAUUUUAUGUGUGUUUUAUGCAUGUGAAUUUUGGAAAUAAGAUGUAUAAAUCUUUGCUUAUUUUAUAUAAAAAAGCUUUCUCUAAAUUCAGAAUAUUUGCUUACGCGAACCAAAUGUUUUAAGGUUAUAUUUCAACUUUCCGCUCUCAGUGUAAUCAUAAUGAAGUUCAUACUGAGCUUAAAACUGCUGACUGUUGUGAUAAAGUAAUUUGUAAUCUAUAUAUCAAAAACUUUUCAUCUAAUUUUAAAACGCUUUUCUCUAGCAAUAUUACUCUCUUCUUCAAAAAGAUGAAAUAUUAGUUUAAACUGUUACGUUUUUGUGUAAUAGUGCAGUCAAAUUAAUCCUUAAAAUAGAAGUAAGGUACAAUAAUUUUUAUAGAGCUAAAAAUUGGUAUGAAUGUUCAGAAUACUAUUAUUAAUGGAUUGUGAAAAGUCCCCAUCAAUCAAAAAAAAAAUAUUGAUGGCGAAAGUUUGCAAAAAUAGGUUUUUCGCGUUUUUCAGCUAAACGGUGAGAUUUAUAGCAAAAAUAGUUCCUACAUAAAUCGUAGAUCAUCCGAUUCUCUACAAAAAAUGGAUCCACAUUUUUUUUUCAUAAGUAUCGCCAUUUUCGUGAUACAGCGGUUGAAAGAACUGUAAAAAUCAUUUUAUUCGUAAUAGUUAGUUAGUCGUAUAUUAUAUUGAAGGAAGAUUCAAGAGAUUCAAUAACAAGGGGGAUUGAUGGGGUCUUUUCACAAUUCAAUUAUUUUAUUAUAAUUAUUCCAAACAAUCAUAACAAUUUUUAGCUCUAUGGGAAUUAUUCUAACCUUCAAAGUCUUAUUUGACUGGAUUUUAUUAUAGAUACAGAUAAAUGUUGCAAAAUGUGCCCUGCUAGCGUGGUUAAUAAUAUAAAAUAAUCAAUUUUUUUUUGUAUAAAAUGACAUUUUAAUGUUUUUCAAUAAUAUAAAAAUAUCUGCAAUGACAGACAAGCCUUAGUAACCAGCAAUUUUUUUCUUUUCAAAAAUUUCUUGACUUGACAUUAGUGGGCUAUGAUUUUCUUUAUUAAUAUAGUAUUUAUAAUUUGGUUCCAUACGUUUGGUCCAGUUAGUAAUAAAUAAAUAAUAAUAAUCGAUCACUUUUAUUAGAUUUAUUAAUUAUAAAGUUGUUGUGAUUUGAUUGCUGGAGCGAAAAAUUGUGGCUAAUUAAAAUUUUCAUUUAAUCAACCAAGCAACAACCAAAUUUGAAGCCAAAUCUUUUGUUUUUAUGUACCUGAGUUACCACCGUUAUUUGCCGUUGGAUGUUAUAUAUUUUUUUUAUUUGAGUUGUUGUUGUUUUUGUUACCUUUGUUGUUAGAAGCGAAUUUUCGAAUUAAUUAAUUUAUUUUCGUCAUAUAGGGUUAAACAUUGUAUUAAUACUACAAUUAAGUGUGUAUUUACAAGGCGUUAUUUAAAACGAAAGUUGCCAGUUUUUGCGGAAUUUUCAAACUAUUUUUUGAAAAUUUUUAAUGGUAAGCGAUAACUGCUUGUAUUGUAAUAAUGAAAUUGUUAAGUGUAUAAUGGUGUUAUCAUAAUAUCAUUAAAAAUAUUGUAUAUCUACUUGUUUCAUCAUCAAAAUUGUAUGGAGUGGGGAUGAACUGCCGUUGAAUUCAGGAGUACCUAAUAGAAUUUUCAAAACCUAUUUUAAAUAGGUAUUUAAAUCCAAAGAAAAAAGAAACAUACUAUAAAUGAUAAACGUGAAGUACCUUGAAAAUUUGAUAUAGAAAUUAUUAUUUUUUUAUACACAAAUUUGUACAUACAUAUGCAAAUGUGCAUAUUAUUAUUUUAUUUACUUGGCAAGUUUAUAAUGGAAAAAAAUUAUGUGCUAUGAUUUUUUUUUAAAACAACAUUUUGUUAAUCAAAGCACUAGUACUACUGAGUAACAGUAUCUAUUUCCGUUCCGUUCAAGUAAAUUUCGAUGAGACAAAUACAGCGAUAUUUUGGAUUGGCCGCUAUUGGUCGACCACAUAUAUUUUCUAACAAUGAUGGCACGUCUUGGGCCUACUGGAAGGAAAGGCCCUCUUACGGCCGUUUUCAAUAACCGACCCAAGAUUACGGAUAGAUAGCUAUUGUCGAUUAUCAGUAACAGUCAAACUAUCUGUCAGUAGGUUAUUGUAAAACAGAUAAGAACAAAAACAUACAUUUUCUUAACUUUAAUGAACAAAAUGACGGAUAGAUAGAUUAUUGAAAACGGUCGUUAGUACGUAGAGAUUGGAUAGAUAUAAAUGUGGGGACGUACAAAGUACCUACUAGAAGUAUUCCAAACGAAUAUAGCGUGCUAUUCUGUAAUUAAAAUUUCUUGCCGUAUGCAACUUGAGCAUCACGAUAUAAUUCAAAUCGCUGUAUAUGAAUAAGAUUUUUAUACCAAUAGUUUGCAUAGCUGUGACAUAAAUAAUUCAUUCAUAUUAAUAUAAUUCAAGUGUGUUAAGCCACGUAUUCACUCAACGUAAAUAAAUGCAUGUAUAUAUCUUUUUAUUCGUUUUCGAAUUAACAUUUUGAAGAUAAAUGCUCUUCGAAUUCAGAAGUGAAUACGUGGCUAACUGUUUUAGUACAUGUAUUUUGCUGCAAAUCACGUAAUCUGUGGUACAAUACAAGAUAUGCUCAAAAUACAGUAUUUUAUAGCGAUGUAGUUAACAAAAAUAUUAAAUGUUAAUAAGCCUGCAGCUCAUUAUGAUUUUUUUUCACAGUUCCUUAUUGUUUGAACUCUGCUAAAGUGUACUCGCUGUUGAGACUUGACAACAACAUAACAAAAACUGACUGUCAUAGGUCCAGUACAUUCAUUCAUCCAUAGGAGUGACUUUCCUGUAGCUGAGUGACAAAAGCAGUGAAGCAUAGGUGUCAGUGAUAAAAAGGUUUUAUGACUAAAAAGUUAUAGUGAGUUGGGGCCCUAAGUCGUUAAGUGCAGCCUGACACGUAGAAUGCUUGAAGCAAAUUGUUCAAAUUUUUCGAAAAUUACUGUACACAUGUUUAGUACGAAUAAUUAUAAUAGGAAAAAAUACCAAAAAUCUUUGAAAUAUUUAUUAUACUCUUAGUAUGUACAAUCGUAUCAAAAAAUAAAUAACUAAAUUGAGCAUAAUAAAUAUAUUGUACAAAAUGUAUUGAAACACAAUAAAAUAAAAUACCUAACAUAAAGGAAUCAUUUAAUAAAUUAUUAUCAAAUAUUGUUGAGCAGGUGUAAUAAUCAAAAAACUUUAAUGCUAAUAUAUUCGAUAUUGAUAAAUGGAAUAGAUAUGUAUUUUUCUGAGAUAAAUAUCAAAUAAAAUUAUACAUAAUAUAAAAUUUCAAGUUGUACUUUAGGGUCAGCGCAGACCAUGCAUGCGUAUAAUUAUAUGAAAUUUUGAGGAAACUUAUUAAAAUAAAUAGAUAAUAUUAAAGAUUAAAACGCUCUGCCUGCGUUGUCCCUUACAUUUACAGUUCGCGCACAUUGAUGAAGUUUUACCCCAUUUUGGCGUAUAAGCAAUUGCGCGCACAGGUUUUGUGACCGGAGUAAGCAUGAGACAGAUUAUUAUAAAGAGUCCUAUUAUAAGAAUUUACCGUACCAUAAAAUAUUGUAAAAAUAGGUAAACAGUACAUAUUGUUUUGCUUGUUUAUACGUCUACCCGUCCUUUGACCUACCAUUUGAAAUAGCUUGUCUAAACCUGCGCGCUCUGUGAUUGGUGGAAAAGCUAAAGCAUCACUGUGUACGAGACUUGUUUUAUGUUAAUCUAGACUAGACUGAAUGUAUUAAGUUGUGGUAUUAUUGACAGUUUAGAUUUAACUCCAAAGAUAAAUAUUUAAAAUCUAGUCUAGACUCGAGAGUCGUACUGAAUAUAAUAAAAAAAAAUCAACAUGGAGUCGCGCUUUCUAUUUUUGUUCAAAUAUAUUGAGUAUCUUAAAUAUCUAAUACAUAAUAUCCGUAGAUUCUUACCAUGCACCUUAGACCAAGUUAAUGGGGAAUUGGUGCUCUCCCUAAAAUUGUACAUUUUAGACGGAAGAGUGUCAUAACUAUAGUCGGAGGAUAUAAAAAAGUAAAAUGACAAGUGCAACUGUCACUGAAAUGUCAUUUUACUAGUAAAAUAACAUUUCAGUGACAGUUGCACCUGUCAUUUUACUGACUGGAAUUAAUAAUCGUACCUACUAUAGGAUUAUUUCCUAGGGGGGCCUGGGGCCCGACAUCAAGUCUAUUAUUAGUAUCUUAUUAGAAGUCUUAAGUUAAGGGUGGGCACAGUUCUAGGGUCCUUUUGGAGGCGUACAACCAGAAACACCGUAACACGACACUAUAUUUUGAUACAUUAGCAGAAGACUAUCAAUGAUACCACAACUAUAUAAAGACCUUGUCCAAAAAUGCAUAAUCAACGCGAUUCCUCUCCUCCAUUUCAAAACUGUCUGGGUACCGACUACCUACCGAUUGUACAAUACGAUUCAAACUAUGACGUUUCGGAACAUUGUGCGUGAAGAUACGCAAUGCAGAAUAUCAGGGGAAACGUAGCGAUGCAGCGGCAGGGUAUUAUCCCGUUCGUGUGUCUCUCCCACCCGCCGUCUCUCCAUCUUUCUUGAUUUUAGCAUUACUGCGAGCCUUGUAAAAUGCACAUAAUCGAAAAGUUGGAGGGGCAUGCACCUCCAACUUACUAGUAAUGUGCAUUUUAAGAAAUUAAAUGUCACUCGUCUCAAACGGUGAAGGAAAAACAUCGCGAGGAAACCUGCAUGCUUGAGAGUUUUCUUAAUUAUUCUACGUGUGUGAAGUCUGCCCAUCCGCAUUGGGCAAUCGUGGUGGACUAUUAGCCUAACCCCUCUCAUUCUGAGAGAAGACUGCUCAAUAGUGAGCCGAAUAUGUUAAUGAUGAUGUACUAGAUACCUGCGCGUAGCUACCUAGCUAGUUUCCAAGACGUCAUAAAGUUUGCAUCGGACAAUAUCUAACCGUAAGCGGGAGGUACUUACUCUUAUUAGUUGAAGAUUCACUUUGAUCUAAAAUUUCGCAUUUCUUGACAAGGUCGUCGGUUUAGUUGAGAAAAUAUGCUAGUUUUAGCAAUGUAGCUAUUAUUAGGUACCUGAAUCGACCGCACAGCUUAGCCCUUAGCCUUAGUUAGCCUGUACCUAGGACGAAACGGUACGGCUGUCACUUUGCCAUUGUUAAUUUUUCAGUGAGGUUUUUGUGUGAUAAAUAUUAUUAUUGUUUUUAAAUGUUAUAAGCGCACAAUAAAUAAAAUCAUUAUAA